CGACAGCUACGGUCAAAGGCCACCCACGAGGGAGGGUUCAUGAAAUACGGUUGGCCAUGUCGUCAAUUUACAACCUCGAGCCACAGCCUACGGGCUCGGCGAUUCUGCACACAACCUUGGGAGAAAUCCAUGUCGAGCUCUUCGCCAAGCAGACGCCACUGACGUGCCGCAACUUUCUUCAGCAUUGUCUUGACGGCUACUACGACGGCACAAUCUUCCACCGACUCGUUCCCAACUUCAUCGUGCAAGGUGGUGACCCUACAGGAACCGGAAAUGGUGGCGAAUCAAUCUACGACGGAGGCGCCUUUGGCGGCGACCUGGAUCCUUGGCCUAUGGACCAGAGACAUGGACAGAACGCAGGAUCCAAUGGCAUCAACUUUAAAGACGAAUUUCACUCCCGGCUAAAGAUCAACCGACGUGGCAUACUAGCCAUGGCCAACGAAGGAAAACCAGAUACGAACGGAAGUCAAUUCUUCUUUACACUAGACAAGGCAGAGGAGCUGAACGGCAAGAACACAAUGUUUGGUAGAGUUGCUGGAGACACAAUUUACAACCUGGCAAAGAUUGGUGAAUCAGAAGUGGACGAAACGACCGAACGACCGCUAUAUCCAGUAAAGAUUGAGCGUGUGGAAAUCCUGGUCAACCCCUUUAGUGAUAUGACAAAGCGAUCGAGGGUGGCACAAAUACAGGAAAAACCAAAAGUAGAGAAAGAAAAGAAGAAGAAAAGGAAGGGUGGAAAGCAGCUGCUCAGCUUUGGAGAUGAAGAGGGCGAUGAGGACGUGCCUGUGUUUAAGAAGGCCAAGUUUGACUCAAGAAUAGUCAUGGCAGAGGAAGAAGAACCUCCUGCUCCGCGAGAAAAGAGCUCAAAAUCAAGGCAUUCUCAACCAAAGGCUGUGGAUAAGCAAACGAGUGAGAUCCCGGCCGCCCAUGAUAAGCUAGACGGACCGGCUGCUGGGAACAAGGGCGAUGAAGAAAUGGAAGAGGAGAGGCCAAGGCAUAUUCAUCUGCCCAAGAGACACAAGGAACCGUCGCCUGAACCAUCACCCGAGCCAGAGCCGCCCAAGGAAAAGAGCGCAUUAGAAAGGGCUAAUGAAGAGCUAGCGGCUCUCAAGGCAUCAAUGAGGAGGACGAUCCAUUCCGAGCAACCAGUCAAAGAAAGGAAAAAAUCAGCGUUAGAAACAAUGAUACCUGAAACAUCCAUUCGAGGAAGAAAAAGAAGGCCUGGUGGUAAUAAUACAACCGCAAGCGAAGAACAGACAUCUCUUCGCCUACUGAAAGCUUUCCAAGCGAAGCUUGACAAGGCUCCGCCGUCUAAAGAGAUAGCUGCAGAAACGCCCGUCAGUAAUGAGGGGGAUGAAGCAGAGAAGCCCUUACCGGAUGAGGAAGCAGAAUUGUGUGAUUUGCACUUUAUUGCAAACUGCCAAAGCUGUACGUCAUGGGACAAACAAGAAAAGGAGGAUAGUGACGACGAAGGAUGGAUGUCACACGCACUUUCGUUUGCGGCUGAUAAACUAGGCAAAGACCUCAGUAACCGUAAGAAGGCUGAAGAGGAGCUGGUCGUCAUUGACCCUCGGGAGAAGGCUCGGACGUUGAAGGAAGAGAAACGGGCUGAGCGAGAGGCUCGAGCUGGUGGAUCUGGGAGGGCGUGGGAUCAAGCAAAGAAUGCUCAAAUGGCACGUGCUGCUUCGUUAGCCGGCAGAGGAGCCAAAUGAAGUUUUGGAUUGUCUAUGGCGCUCACUUAAUGUAAUGUCUCUUUACAUCGAUAUUUGGUAUUAUGGCGCAGCGUAUGGGAUACUUUGAACUGGGUCGUGCUUUGGCUAUUACUAUUAUUGCUAUUGUCUUUCUAAUUUUCUGUAUAUCAGUGUAUGAGAGAAAUAUAGCGGCAAG